UCUCCCGCGCCGCGGCCUUGAAUUGUUUAGCUAAACGGCCCUAAACCGUUUCCCAUUCAUUCUCAAUGGUAGUGCUAAACCACUACGGAUGUAAUAUACUUUCGGCCGCUGGCGCUCUCGUGGCGCUCUUCUGUGUUUGUGCACAAGCGCGGAGUUUGAAAUCGCCAUUUUCAUUCCGCCUCGGAGAGUGAAAUACAAAGAUCUGCCUCGCUCGUUUUAAUCAGCACAUCUAUCAAAGAUCAAGAUGCAGAAGAAAGUGCUGUUCUUCCCAGGGAGAAUCUGUGUUGUGUUCCGCAAGGGACCACUCGGGUUUCUCCUCCAGGAGCCAUCUAAAGAAGCCAGACGUAUUAAGGAUGACCCCACUCUGCAGGACAAGUCUGCGCCCAUGAGAGAGGACCUUGUGCGGCAGAAUGCUCGGUCUUUGGUCAUUCAGAGAGGAGGGGAUGCCUCUGACAGGAAGGAGGUCCUGGGAGAAUACAUACUGCAAUUUGGAAAGUAUAAAGGGAAGUCUUUUAGAUGGCUUUUAGAGAAUGAUGUAGGGUACACUAUGUAUCUCAUCAAGAACCUUCAGAAGGAGGAGGCAUCCGGCAUCCCUGUGGCUGAGGGGCAUGGCAAGGACAGUCUACUGUCAUUUGUUAAUUAUGCCCUAAGUUUUGAAGAGAUCCAGUCUCUUCUCACCUAUGAGGCCAGUGGAGUGGGUGUUGUGGCAGCCUCAUCAGAAGAUAACCAGCUGGUUGGCUUUGGUUCCCGGGCCAAGAGCACCUGGAAGGAGAUUUGGGAUAGCAGAGCUGAUGGCUACGCAGACUUCAUCAUGAAGAAGAGCUGUGUCCAAGUGACACGCAUGUACAAGCUGCAGCAAUACCUGCGGAAGAAGCAGCAAUCUGCCACUGCUUCCAUACCUGCUAAACAUACCCCAAGGGCCCCAGCAAAACCUAUUGUGAUGGAUGAUGAUGAAGAGCUGGAGAGAGCGAUGUUGAGCAUCUCACCCUCUAAGCUACAAGUGCAGAGCUUUGCUGUGCCAGCAGCAGUAGCAGCAGCUGCCAUACCCAGAGUGUCACCAGGAGCAAAGACAGUUCCAUCACUGUCCAACCCAACUCCUUAUACAAGUGCUGAAUUGCAGGCAUCACCAGUUGAUGCUCCAACCUCUCCAAGCAUAAAGAGGAAGACACCUGUGCCCCUUCCAGCAGAACUGACGUUCCUAGUAAAGGAGAAAACGGGUGUAAGGCAUAAGUCAACGCCAGUUCCUUCAGCUCAGCCACCUGUUACUGUUCUCCUGCCUGUGCAUGACCAUGACAUGAGCAGCUGGAGCUGUUCUCAACACCAGAAGCUGUGGAUGAGGAUGGAGCUUCAGGAUCUCGGGCUGUGGCCUGGGUCUCGUCCAGUGCGUAACCCAGGGAACUCAAUUUCACUAUGGCGUCUUCCUCCACAACCUGAGCUUGUUGAUAUGGCGUCUGAACUCCCAUCCCCUAACUUCUUCCAGCUACACCCAUUUUUCAUCUGGAAGCCGGAGGCUCACAUUAUGGUCAGGUUGAGAAACACUUACAUCCUGCCAUGUCUGCAUGGAUGUCCUCAUCCACAGGUGGUCUCUGCAGGAGUGGGUAGGCCUCGGGUGAUUGUUGGCACCAGUGGUCAGUAUUACAUCUUGUCCUCACGACUCUGUUGCAAGGCCUGUCAGAAGUACUGGUUUGCUGACAAUCCACGAUGGCUUGAGAAGCUGCCCAAGCGGUUUACCAACAUUCUGCCUGCAUUCCUGACGUACAAGAAGGCCAUCUGCAAAUCUGUGAUGGAUGAGCUGAGGCGCACUGGCAAGUCACCAACCGAUAUGGCAAACCAGGUGAAUGAGCUACUGCACCUCAAGUACGAGCGAGCACAUCUGGCAUACCUGCAUGCCAUAGAAAGCAUCAGGGAUGCUGAGGCUGGCACAUAUGGACAGAGGACCAUUGGGCAGUUCUUGAGGAAGGAAAGCACUCCACGUGCAUUCGGGUCAUAUGAUGAUCAAGAUGGCUGGUAUGGAGUCUCCGUGUCCAGCUUCUACCUGACUGACUGCCUUCUAGAUGAGUACAAACGUCAAGAGCCAGCCAUGUCCAAACUCCUCCAGGGCACAUUUGGGAGGGUCUUCAGUCUGUACAACGAUGCUGGAGUGGAAAAGGCAGGCUUCCACUGGAUGGACAGGGAUUGCUGUGCUCCAUUUAAGAUCCCAGACUGCAUCCCUGCUGAACAUCUAAACUGGGAUGCCUGGAAGACUACCCCUUCCAUUGUUGCUGGGGCCACCUCUGGACCGCUGGAGAACACCUGUGCCUCACGGUCAUAUUUCAAUAAUAACAUUGUGGUGAAGCUGGACUUGUUCCACUGCCUGAGGCGUUUUUCACGGGAGAGCACCUCUGAGCAUCACCCUCUGUUUAGCACUUUCUGCCAGCUCCUCUCUGCAGCCUUCUCUGUGGUGGAUCAGGAGGACCUAGGGAGGCUCCAGGAUGCCUAUCGUUUCUGCGGUAUCCAUCCAGCCAAUCCCACCAAACAGCACAUACGGGAGCACUGCAGGACCAAAGUACCACAACCCACAGAGCUGCUAGACAGAGUGGAGAAAGUCCUAAAGCAUUUUCACCUGGCCAUGGACCCCAACAAUGUUCCACUCUUCAAAUCAUCCAUGCUGAAGACGUGGCGCAUACAGAGAGUGCACAUUCUCCGUGGUUGCCUCAGUGACCCUGAACUCUCAGAGGGCAUAAUGUACCGGUAUGGUGGAACACUUCAACUUAAUCAUGUACCCGGUGAAGGCGCCAAAGUCCCCAUCUGGAUUCCUGUCAGAGGUACAUCACAGCAAGAAGGGUACCACUUUCACCAGGCCCAAUGGAUCACAGGGACUCAUGUCUCCACUGAAUUGUUCCAGGCCCAGGGCAUGACAGGGGUGGCACGGUGGAACCACCAACGUAUGCUUGAUCUUAAGCAGCCAGGUGUCAUCCUUCCUGCUGUGUUUGAUCCAGCUCUAAUGGUUGAGUUAAAUUCUACCUCCAAGAAAGUGACUGGGGAGGAGAAGUAUCCUACACUUCAUCUCUCUGACAGAGACACUGGAGAGAGGUUUGGCCUAGAGUACACAGAGCCAGGCUGCCGUCCAGUCCCUCUGGAUUGGGACAAACACCGAACCCAAAAGAGAGGUGAACCAGCUGCUCUUUUGCCUCUUCCUCCUGUGCAGACACCCACUCCUACCCAAGUCCAAGCUCAACCUCCAGACACAGCACCUUCCUCCAGCCGGACACAGCUCUCUGACACAGCAUCCCCUGGACCAGCAUCAUCCAUCAGUCAUUUGCUCUCUGCUGGUGAACCUCCUGCAGUGAUGGAAAUCUCACAUGCUGAACCUGCUGCAAUCCAUAUGGUACAGAUGUUGUCACAAGGAAGCAUGGGACCUCCAGUUAAAAGGGAAACCUUAAAUACUCCACCCAUACCUUUGCAAUCCUCACCAAGGAGUGCCCGCACUGGACCAAUCAAGACUGGUGGACGAGUGUUCGUCUUGGACCAUAAACGCUGGACAUCACCAAUGAAGGAGGCUAUUGACAGCCUCCUAGACAAGUACCAUGGACAGAAAGACAUGUUAAAGCUUGUGGAUCAAGACUAUGCUGCUAUGGUCCAUCGGUCUGCCACAGAUCCAAACAGUCUGCUUCACCCCACAACCAAGUACCACAUAGCACAGUACAUGAAAAACCUGGCUAAACAGCUGAACACAAGUUCAUCAAUGAACACAAGUCAAGAAAAACUUUUGGAGACACAAAAACUGUGGCAAAGUUUAACUGAGGAAAGCGAGACUGUCCAUGUUCCAGUUGUAGAACUGCCACCAGCCAUUGUGAAUCCAGCAGUUCCGGUCUCUCAGCCAGCAUCUGAAAAGCAAGUAUCAAAAGAGAAUGUACAGAAAAUAGUACAGGAAAUACUGCUACAUCAACAGGAGCAGCAGCAGCAGCAGCAGCAACAAAAACCCAGACAGACGAAAAAAUGUCUCGCAUGUGGGCAGCCAAAAUCCCGCUACCAAAGUGAUGGAUCAUCAGUUCAUCACUUUUAUCAGCAAGGGCCUGUUAGGUAUCACUAUUGCUCCACAAAGGUGUUUAAAGCCUAUGCUGCAGAGGGACUGACAAAUCCAAGAAUGGCCUUUGAAGAGUUUGCCCAGACUGACUUCUUUCAGCGUGAACUGCAUCUUACAAAGCAAAGAGUAGAGGAAAAAGCUGAAAAGAAGAGGAAACUCUCGGAUCCUCAACCUCAGGGAAGAAUGUGCCGUUUCUGUCGCACAGAGCUAAGGCAGGGCCCAAACAGCAAGCACAUUCACACAGGGUUUCCAGGAGUGGCAGGAAAAUACAUUUACUGUCCAGCUAAAGUCCUCGCCUUAUACAAAGACAGAGGCAUGACACAGGAAAUGACAUGGAAGGAAUUUCAAGCUUCAUCAUUUUAUGGAAUGGAAAAGGAGAGGUGGGCAGCAGAGAGAAAUAAAUAGAAAUUCAUAUUUUAAUCAUCUGUUGUUUUUUUAUGUUGCUCCAUUGCUUUCAAUUACAUACACAUUUUUAAUCAGUCAUUGUUUUUAUGUUAUUCAUAUCCUUCCCUUAACAUUUAGAGCACAUGUGCUCUAAAUGGAGCAUAUUCUGGUAGAUUUCAGCUGUUUGUAAAUUGUGAUGUUUAAUCUAAUUUAUUUUAUUAUUUCCUUGUGUUCAUGUGUCUAAUUGAUCUUGUUCUUUUUUUUCUUGCAAAGGAUAUGUAUAUCGGAACUGAUAGUUAUUACCCAUUAUACAUUUAUUUUCAUACUUGUGUUAAGUCACUAUUGUUCUACUUCUACCCAGCCCCAUCCCAUUGCUUUGCUUUUCCUUAUACUUGUUUAUGUAUAUAUGUAUAGAUACUUUUUUCACAUGUUUGAGUUGAUUUAAUA